UAUAUUUGUGACAUUUCCAAGAUUUGUGGUGAACUAUCGAGCCAGCAUAGCUUAAUGAAACCAAUGUUUUCAGCUAGCUAGUGUUUGUUAGCUCUUCAUGCUAAUAUUAUGCGUUUAUCGUGGGAUGGAUGUUGACAAACGCAGUUAAACGUUGGGUUUACGAACAGGCAGACGUUCUGUACAAUAUGUAGCUACUUGUUGAAAACCACGAUAUACCUUUUUCUUGAAAACAUGUCUCGCAGACCAAAAUAUUGUCGUUCCCCCGCUGUCAAAACGGGUUCGCUGUGCUUUAACGUGGAUCAACCCGUGGCGUUCAUUGUCCAUGAGUGUGCUGGCCAGAGCAUCCCAUCUGCUGCUCUAACUGCGACAUGUUGUGGGAGUGCAACGUUUGUGGUGUCGUCCUCAACGUGUCAUCAUUCAUAGCCAUCUUCAGGCUUGCCAACGCCUGCAGUUGUAACAAUGCAUGUUUGUAUGGAGGCGAACAACCAUUUCAACUAUGGCACCCACUCCUCUGUGUCUGUUAACUCAGGACUGAAACUCUCCUCAGCGGAUUCUGUCUAUACCAAUGGGUCCUCCAUGAGUUUCCCUCAGCAGGAGAAGAAUAUGAAUGGCGAAAUGAAUGUGAAUGGCAGCACUACUGUAAUUGGGUCCAGUGUGUCUGGCUCCCAACCUCCAACAGCCCCAUACCCUCAUAUGAGCAACCACCACCACCAGAGUAGCAUGGGCUAUGACUACCUGUGGGGAGGACAGCCACAGUACAGCCCAGCCAUGAGCUUGUCUCCUGGGCAUGGCAUGCACCAGAAGCAGCCUCCCACUGGGGUGAUGCAGCAACAGAGCCAGCAGCAUUUCCAGGGUCACGGACAGUACCAACUGAACGGGGGCAUGCCUGGGUCCCGUCAGCCCCCCGUGGUGCCACCCCCAAACAUGAAUCUUACAGGGGGCCAGUACUGGAACAGGGUUAACCCGGGGCAACAGCAGAGCAGCACAGCCAUGGCAAUGGGGUAUAACUCGCACAGCGUGUACGGGGCCUACCAGAGCCAGGUGCACCCUGGGAUUGCGCCCUCACAGCAUCACCAGCAGCAGCCUCCACAGCCACCCCCUCACCAACAGACACAGCAACACCACCACCAGCAGCAGCAACCUCAGCACUACAGCAUGGUGUCCAACGGGAUUCCCUACUACCAGCACCAGCCCCAGCACCCACCUCUUCCCGCUCCACAACCUCAGGCUCAGAUGAUGCCCCCUACCUCCCAGAAUUUCACCCCUCCACGGGGAAGCCCCCAGCACCACCAGAUGGGCCGGGGGGGCACAGGCAGCCCCCUCCCCAUGGCGGUGUCUUCUGUCCCCAUGAUGUCACCCUCGACAAUGGCGGAUAGUGGAUCGCCCCAGAGCCAGACCAGGGAGAGGAGUCCCCAUGGUGGUUCUGUAGCGAUGCCAGCUGUCAUGCAAGGGCGGAUGAGUGAAGCGUUUAAGGAUGUGGAUAAAGGCUACAAUGGGAUGGAGAGGACGUCUGUCGCCCAGCGGCUGCCUAAAAGCGACAGCUACCCUCCCAAGCCCCCUGGACCUCCCAUGGGGCCCACCAGUGACUACUGCCAGCGCUCCAAGCAGCCAAUGGCCCAGCACCAUGAAAUGACUACCUUAGCGAGGGAGUCUGCACUGCCUGAGCCUCCACACUCGAUGUCAGCGCCUCCCCCUGUGGUUUCCACACCUCCUACAGCUAAGGCAGCAACCCCUCCUAGGGUCUCUGCACCUCCUGCAGUGUCUAUGGCUCAUAUGAGUGCCUCAGGGCCUCCUGUUGUUUCAUCUUCCUCCGUUACCUCUACGCCUCCCCGAAACUCAGCUCCUCCCGUGUCCUCUGCUCCUUCUCCCCCUGUGCUCGGGCCUCCUCCCAGGCUGUCGUCGCCUCCUCUGAUGUUACAAGGCCUAAGACCUUUUCCAGUGACUGUGUCCACACUUCCAUCAGUCGUAUCACCUCCCUCCUCAUUGUCUGCACCUUCUCCUAAGCCAUCUGCUCUUUCUCCUUUACUGGACAAAUCCUCUAGACCUCCAUCUGUGUCUGCUCCCAAUCCAGUCAGUGCUCGUCCCCCAGUGUCUGUGGCACAUCAGACUGCUCACACUACAUCUACACCUCCUGCAGUGGUCUCGACUUCUACCAUGGUGUCUACUCUCCCGCACUCCAUGUCUGUGCCUAUCCCCGCUCUUCAACAGAUGGUCCAAGGAUCCAGACUACCUCCUCUGACUUCUUCUCUCCCUGCUUUAUUUGGAGCACCUCGAGAAACGUUUUGGACUUCGUCAUCAAUGUCUGCAUCUGCUCCUUCCCCAGCGGUGUCUACUCCCUCGGUGGCAGUCAUGGCACCUCCCUCAGCAGUGUCCAGGCCUCAUUCGGCAGUCAGUUCACGUUCUAUAUCAGUGUCCUCACUUUCUCAAUCAGUGUCUACUUGUCCCCUAGUAGUUUCUGCCCCUCCCGCAGUGUCUGUAGUGUCCUCCUUUCCAAAGGAGGUGUCUAUGCCUCCUCUAACAGUCCAAGGCCCUAGAGCUCUACCUUUGUCUGGACCUCCUCCUCUCACAUCCCAAACCUCCAGAGCUCCUCCAUUGUCUGAGUCACCUGCCUUGAUGUAUGUGCCUCUUGCAGGGAUGACUGCUCCUCUUGAGGUACCUUCUGCGCCUCCACUAUCCGCCCCUGCUCCUCCACAAGCUCCUAAACGGAUGGUUCCCCCAGAGCCAGAGGAGCGAUGCAUGGGGAACAUGAAGUACAUGGGGAACAUGAAGGAUCCCUCUGUAGAAGCAGACAGAGUCAAAACAUCAUCAAAGAUUGAUUCCGCAGGGUCUCCGACUCGUCAAUGUGAAAAACACUCAAUCAAACCCCUCACAGUUAUUCCUGGGACGACACUGCACCCCAAGAACCAAGAGGACUCCCCUGGGGACCAAGUUUGUGCUGAGAAAAAUGACAUCACCCCGAUGAGCGGUGCAGACAUUCCCCUGGAGAAGAGAAGUCUGGAUGACAUCGUUGUGACAGAUGAGUCAACAGUUGAUGAGUCUUUUGACGAGUCCUUGCAGGCGGAGUCCAUACGCCUCGACAGCACCCAUAUGGAAGACCUCAGCCUCACUGAGGAAGAUGACAUCAGUAACAACUCGUCAUUUGACAAUGCCUCUCGGUUUGACGAAACUUCUAGAUUUGACGAUACCUCUCGCAUGAAUGACACAUCUCGAUUGGAUGACAUCUCCCGCGUAGAUGGUGAUAACUCUCUGUUUGACGUUACCUCUCACACGGAUGAUGACACUUCCCGCUUUGACGACAGCUCUCGCGUAGAUGGCAACAAAUCUCUAUUUGACUACAGCGCUCGCAUGGAUGACAGUGCUCGCAUGGAUGACAGCGCUCACAUGGAUGACAGCACUCACGUGGAGGAACCAUCACAUGUUGGAGACACUACACUGGAUAGCAGCUUCUCCUCUGUGGAGGACUCUAGGGAAUUGACUCUGGAUGAUACCCAGACAGAGAACGUUUCUCGGGCAGAGGAGACUAUGGACAGCUGCCUGAGCACCAAGGAGUCCAUGCUGGAGUCCUCUCUGAACAACACCUCUCAGAUGCAGGACUCUAGUGUUGACUUGUCCCAGAAUGACAUCUCUCGGUCAAGCUCAAAUUGCCCUGCCAAACCAACCCCAGCCUACAAAGGUGACCGUGAGGCGGAGGUCUGCGAUAUACCAGACUCCACUGGCACCACCAGCACCAAGGCCAGUGCUGCUACCAUCAUGGCACCACCUGUUAUCAUGGAUAAAGGCAAGCACACAGCGGCGCUCAGUGCCCUGGUGGAAAGCCUGGUUGGAGUCCCGCUCCUGCCCCUAGGUGCCCCAGCCAUGCCCACGACUGGCCAAAAGACCAAAACACCAAGGAAACCCAGGAAGCCACGCACUCAAGCAGCCUCCAUUCCCGUUCUGCAGGCCCCUGGGAAAGCCCAGCGGAAGUCUGCUAUUAAAACUCCAAAGGUAGAGAAGAUAAAGGUAGAGAGGAGGAAGAAGCUUGAGGUAGGAGAGAACAAGGAAAAGGGACCACCUAGAAAGAGAAAGAAGAAGAUUGAACCAGUAGCAGCCACAGGAGAGCCUGAACAUUCUGCUGAAGGCCUACUUCCUGGUCAAAGUGGACCAGUCACUACCAUUGGUAAACCAUGUCUGACCAGUGGCGAGACCCCACCAGUGAUCAAACCCAAGAAAGUUAGAGUCAAGAAAGUAAGUGUUCUGGAGCCGAAGCCACACAAAAUAGCAAAAAUGGACAUUGACACUAAACCCAAUGAUGAUGACAAUAACGUCAACGAUGGCGACGACAGUUCCACUGCGGGUGACACUCCUAGAAGGAGGAUAGCAACAGAGGAGCAGGUCUACUUCCCUCUGCUCCACGGCUGGAGGAGGGAGAUCCGGGUCAAGAAGAAUGAGGACCGACUCAAGGGCGAGACCUGGUACUACAGCCCCUGUGGGAGGAGGAUGAAGCAGUUUCCUGAAGUCAUCAAGUAUCUGAACAGGCACCAAGACACUGCUGUGACCAGGGAACACUUCAGUUUCAGCCCCCGCAUGCCUGUAGGAGACUUCUACGAGGAGAGGGACUCCACUGAGGGAGUGAAAUGGUGCCUACUGGCCAAUGAGGAGGUGCCCUCCAUGAUCAUGGCCAUCACAGGCCGACGUGGCCGACCUCCAAACCCUGACAAAGAGAUGCCCCGGCCCCGAGCUCGUCGUACCAAGGGUGGGCCAGUCCGAAAGCCCGGGAGGCCGCCCAAACCCAAGAUGGUGGACCUGCUGAGCAAGGUGGACGCCAGAAUGCUGAAGAGGCUAGAGGCCAAGGAUGGUCUGACUGAGGAGGACAAGGAGAAACUUGUCAAAAUCAAGAAGAAAAUGAAGAGAAAGGCAAGGAUGAAAAGAAAGGAGGAUAACAAGAAUAAAAAGAUCCGACAGGAGAAAAAGCAAGCGAAGCUGGACAAGGAGACCAAGGAGGUGAAGGCUGAACCAGCCAACCAGGAGGCCUCACAGCUGGCCCCACCACAGCCACCCGCCCCUGAGCCCAAGAAGCGCGGCCCUAGGAAGAAGGUUGAGGUGCCGCCACCGGUUGUGGAGACUGACCAGGAGAGGUUGGCCAAGGGGAAAAGGCUGCUGGGGGCCAGGAGUAAGGCCAAGGCCCUGGCUGCGGCCCAGGCAGAGGCGGAGGCUGCUGCCCAGGCAGCCCUGGCAGCUAAGAAGCAGUUGGAGAGGAGGGCCCAGGCCCAGAGACGGCUGGAGGAGAGGAGGAGACAGCAGAUGAUCCUGGAGGAGCUGAAGAAGCCCACUGAGGACAUGUGUCUCACAGACCACCAGCCUCUUCCGGAGCUGUCUCGGAUCCCCGGCUUGGUUCUUUCUGGUGUGGCCUUCUCCCACUGCCUGACUGUGGUGGAGUUCCUGUACAGCUAUGGCAAGGUGCUGGGCCUCCACAUCCCCACUGAUGUGCCUAGCCUCAGCACCCUGCAGGAGGGCCUCCUGGGCCUGGGAGACAGUCAAAGCGAGGUCCAGGAUCUGCUCAUAAAGCUGGUGGAGGCCGCAGUACACGACCCAGGCCUGCCACCCUACUACCAGUCGGUGAAGAUCCUAGGGGAGAAGCUGGUGGACCUGGAGCUGACUCGCAGCACAGUGUCUGAGGGCCUGAGGAUCUUCCUGGAGUCCCAUGGCUUUGACAUGGAAGUGUGCAACGUGCUGCGGACCAAGACCUUCCUCACCCUCAACCCCGACACCAAGGCUGCCAUCCUGGGCUUCCUGGUGGAGGAGCUCAACGGCAGCAACAUUGUCAUAAGUGAGAUUGACAACACACUGGAAAACAGGGCUACUUACAGGAAGAACAAGUGGAUCAUCGAGGGGAAAUUGCGCAAACUGAAGGCAGCUCUAGCACGGCGUACGGGGCGGUCUGAGGAGGAGCUCUAUCUAGAGGAGAGGAGGCGCAGUGCCAGGGUGGCAGAGGAGGAGAACCUCAGUCUGGAAGAGAGCGGCGGCCCCAUGGAGAGGGGCAGCCGCCGCCGCACACCCAAGGAGGAGCCCAAACUGAAUGAAACUGACAGCCCCGCCAACGCCAGCAUUCCAGAGUUGGAGAGGCAGAUCGAUAAGCUAACCAAGCGACAGGUGUUUUUCCGUAAGAAGCUGCUCCAGUCCUCCCACUCCCUGCGGGCGGUGUCUCUGGGCCAGGACCGGUUCCGCCGGAGAUACUGGCUCCUGCCCCACCUGGGAGGGGUGCUGGUGGAGGGGCCUGAGGAGAUCCUAGCGACAGAAGAUAUCCUGGUGAAGGAGGUGCCCGUCACUCUUCUGAAGAGGGAACCCAAAGUGGAGGAGAAGCCCACUACCACCCCUGCCCCUCCCGCCUCCUCUCCCCAGUCCCAGACCUCCUUGCCCCCUAAAGGGGACCCUCUCCCCGGCACCGCCUCUCUUAUGAGCAGUCCCAGGGCCCGGGGUCGCCCCCGCAAGAUCAAACCAGAGGUGGAGCUACACCUCCGCACCGCCAAGUGUCGCCGCCGUCGCCGUAGCAGCAAGUCCGGCGGGGAGGAGUCGGGGCCAGGCGUUUCCCCGGAGACCACCACCACCAAUGGAACAGAAGACCUCACUCAGUCCACUUUCAGUAACUGUCUCAGCCAAUUGCAGGGCGCCUUAACCAACGGGACGGAGCCAAUAACAGGGACGGCACCUAAAGGCAGACUACCAGAGGAUAGCGUGAAAGAGAUGGCGGAGAAACAGGGGCAAUGGUUCAACCUGCUGCCAAAACAGCCUUGUGACAAAACCUCUCUGACAGAACCUCAGACCCCCCCCAGCAAGCCGCCCAAACGCCUCCCUCUGACCCCCAGCACCCUGCCCGCCCUUGCUGCUCCACUGCUGCAGUCUGUACCAGACCCCACACCCCAGGUGACCCCCAGCCCAGCCAAACCAGGGCGCAGGCGGAGGAGGGGCGGCAGUCCCGCCCGCAGGGUUGGCGCUAGAGCGGCUGCAGCUAAGCGUCGUGGCCGCCCUUCUUCCACACUCUUCCAGGAGAUAGAGCAACAGUACUUCACUCAGCUCGUGGUCAAGCCCAUUCCAGCAUCAAUGGUGCGUGGCUGGUGGUGGAUAAAGGAGCCUGAGGACCUGACGGCCACCCUGCAGGCCCUGCACCCACGAGGCAUCCGGGAGAAGGUGCUCCACAAACACUUGGCCAAACACAUGGAGUACCUGGCUGAGGUCUGCACACGGCCCAUCAACGACCCUAUAUUCCAGGUGAAGGUGAAGGAGGGAGAGGCCCUGCUAGAGUCCCUGCAGCAGCCAUGGCAGGUCCAGGAGCGGGCCCUGGAGACAGACGUCGGAGCCCUCCGCUGGGUGGAGGACCUGGAGCAGAGGGUCAUUGCCGCCGACCUGCACCUCAAGAUGGCUCCUCAGAAUGGAAGGAGCGACACUGACAAUAACAUGGAAACGCCAGCCGCAGGAUUCCAGCCCUACACAGUUCCAGAGGUGGACUCCACGCGUGACGACCUGCAGUACUACGAGCAUGAUGUGGACCCCCGGGACGACUGGAUCGUGCGGACCAAGAAGGAGUGGUCAGACCUGCCCCGUGUGGCCAGCCACCCGCUGGACCUGGCCGUCCUGCGCCUGGCCAACCUGGAGAGAAACAUCGACCGGCGCUACCUGAAGGAGCCCCUCUGGAACCUGGCCGAGGUGGUGCGUCUCGCCCCCCUCACCCCCGAGGAGAGCCAGAUGGGCCAGAUGGACGUCAUGAGUCUGGAGAGUGAGAUCACCCCCAGAUUGCGGACAUGGCGCCAGGCCCUGGACCGCUGUCGGAGCGCCCCCCAGCUAUGUCUGUGUCUGCUGCAGCUGGAGAAGGCCAUCGCCUGGGAGAGAUCUGUGGUCAAAGUGACGUGUCAGGUGUGCAGGAAGGGGGAUAAUGAUGAGUACCUGCUGUUGUGUGACGGCUGUGACCGUGGCUGCCACAUGUACUGCCUGAGGCCAAAGGUCACCCAGGUGCCAGAGGGGGACUGGUUCUGCCCCACCUGCGUCUCCAAGGCUAGUGACGGUGAGUCACCACGUAGCAACCAUCGCUCCUCCAAGCAGAGGACCCGGGUGAAGAAGAGGAGGUACGAAGACGACAGUUCUGACGAAGAGGCGGUGCCCAGCAAACGCAGCGGUGGUGGUGCUAAUAUGGCAACACGGCAUAAGGACGGUGGCCCUGCGUUAUCCUCCCGUUACUCUGGAGAUGGAGGACGCACAGCGGGCUUCUCACCCGCCAAGCGCCGCCGCAUGACCACCCGCAACCAGCCCGACCUCACCUACUGCGAAAUCAUCCUGAUGGAAAUGGAGUCUCAUGUUGACGCCUGGCCCUUCCUGGAGCCCGUCAACCCCCGCAUGGUACCCGGCUACCGACGCAUCAUCAAGAACCCCAUGGACUUCCUCACCAUGAGGGAGAGGCUGCUGCAGGGAGGGUACUGCAGCUGUGAGGAGUUUGCAGCAGACGCCCAUCUGGUGUUCAACAACUGCGAGCUGUUCAACGAGGACACGUCCGAGGUGGGCAUGGCUGGACACUCCAUGAAGAGCUUCUUCCAGAACCGCUGGGCUGAGUUCUACGCGAGCAAAGACCAAUAGGACUCUUGUGCUGGGGGCUGGGUCACCCAUUGGCUGAUGCUUACGCUCCCUGUUACUGCGAAGACUGUCUGGGCCGAAGUAUCCUGCGGCUCGCUGUAUACAUAUAUGUAUAGAUCUAUGUAUAGAUUUGGAUAUUUGUCUGUUCUUGUUUUUCCCUUUCUCUGCUUCACCUUUUUUAAAACCUCGACCGUUGGCUUGAAAUUUUCUCGACGACAGAGGGGGAUGUUUGAGCUCUCUUCUUCCCUCUGCACCCUCCCUUCUGUACCUAGUCACCUGUUUGGAAUUUUCCUGUUGUCAUGUUCUCUCCUAAGCCACACCCCUUGUCUCAUAAGGCCACGGUAUUCGUCCAUCCCUUCCUCUGUGGGCGGGAGGAGGGUCUGAGGCCCUGAGCGGAUUGGGUUCUCAAACUCUGCCCUCUGACCACGACACGAGGUCUGCCAGACCAAUGCGUCACUGCAGACCGGACAUGCUCUGACCUCGUUUCCACCAUAUAGAUCAAAACCCUAAGGUCCUCUCUGAACUCAAACACUUUGGGAUUGGACCCUCUUUUAACUGUUCAAUGGAAAUGUAGUAUGGUCUUAUGCCUGAAGCAAUUUUUCUCACUAUAUUUUUAUUAUAUAUUCUAUAUAUGUGUAUAUAUAUAUAGAGUACAAUAGCUGGGAUUAUUUAAUAGCAAUAGCUUGUAGUGAAUGUGUACAGACUAUAUAGUUGAGAUGUCUAGACGAUUUAUGAAAAGGCCAGUAAAACAAAAUGGAAAGGAGUGUUUUUUGUUUUUUUUCCCCCUGAAGACUUAAUUGUGUAACGCAACCCCUGACCUAACUCAGACACACCCACACUCCUGCUGCUUUGUGAAGGUCACUGGUUUCAGAAACUGGAGGCUUUGUCUUUUCUUUUCUGUCCUGUUUUUAGACCUUUUUUUCCCUGCUCCAUAAUGACAACUAAGACUGGUAGUCACAGCAACGGGAAUUGUCAGGUGUGGUGUGUUCAUAGAUGGUGUCAAUAGAACUGAAAUGACGCUACCGCCAUUAUCAAAUGCGGUUUGCUUUGUGUUGCAGCUCUUUACCAUAUUGGUCAAAUUGUGCAGAAAGCUAGCAGGCUGCUGAAAUCUUAUUGGUUGACUCUUCGCAAACAAAAUGAUGUCACGUUUUUUAGCGACACCCAUUCAUGGGAAGAAUUGUUUUGAUUUUACAGAAAAUUGUCACUCAAUAUUUCUUACAAUGCAUUUUUGUUUCUCACUAAAUUUAAAGGACCUUCAUCGGAAUUUGUUUAACACUGGAAAUGUUCCUUCUCAUCAAUUUCAAAUGAACGUAGAAACAUACCCCCCCCCCCCCCCCCAAAAAAAAAAGCUAUAACUCUUAUUUUUAUGAAUACUGCAGAAUAACAGUAAAUAUGCAUUGAGAGGUUUCUUCUGCUUGUGGGUUUCUGAAUCUUGACAGUUAAGCGCAGGAACAGGUAUCACUUGUGUGUUAAAAGAGAAACAUUUAGUUCUAGACACCUACUGAUUAAAAGCCUUCAAAACAAGUAUGUCCACAUUUUGCUAAGCUCAUGUUCCAUUUAUGAAUCUGUUCUUUUUUAAAAAGUGGCCACUGUGCUCUAUAGAGCCCCACAGUGGAGGAGUCAUAAUACCCAUAAAAUACUAGCGUUCAAACAGGGAAAUGGUUCCAAUUGUUUUUCCACUGUAAAUUGUUCCAAUAUGGGGAAAAACACUUAAAGGGUUGUGUUUCAUGUAGACUUACCCAGGUGUGACAUUUUGAUCACCAUGUAAAUCUCUCGGAUAAGGUGACUUUUUUUAUUAAUAUAUUUUCCUCUUUUUACUCUGAUUUGAAAAUGCUAAUUAGCAUCAAAGUAGACAUGCAAAACGACAAAGCCCUGCAAGCUCCUGCAUGUCAUCUCUAGCUGACACCUUUAGUAACAGGUAUUGUUAAUUUAAAACUUGCACGAGACAGUGCACACAAUUGUCCAUUUUUAAAGUAAAUGUAGCCAAUUUCCACAAUACCACAUUUAGAAAACAUUAGUUAAUCCAGGUAUUCUUACCUUUGCCUCAAUUCGGCGGUCUCGUCCAGAUCAUCACGGCAUUUGUAGUUAUUUUUGAUAACCUAAUUAGCCAUUCAUUUCUGGGGGGUAAAUACAAGCGAAUACAUUGAUAAGUCACCUUGUCUGAGAGAGAUUUGAGAAGGUCAUUGAAAUGUCACCCCAAGGGUAAGCCUAAAUGAAACACAGUUUCUAAAAUCCCCUAUGGGAAAAAUAUUAAUGGUGGGAAAAUAAUUGGAACCAUUUCCCUGUUUGACCGCUAGGUUUUCUGGGUAUUAUGACUCCUACUGUGGUACUCUAGCGUGGCAUGGUUGGUGUGUUAUGGGAAAGGUAUGAAGGCGGCAUGAAGAUACUUCACAAUCCGGGUUUUAUUUAAAGCGUGGUUUCUUACACUGAACUCAAACUGGUCGAUAGGAAAUUCAUUUUUGUGUUCCUUUCUACACAAAAGGGACAUUCCUUUUUCUAUAUAAAAAAACUAAAAGACAUGAAUAAAACCAAAUCUGGUGUUAAGUGAAUUUUUCAUAAUGUACAGUUUUUGUGACUACAUUUGUUCCUUUCUAUAUUUUUAGGACCAAUAUAAUUUUUAAGAGGUAUUACAAGACCAUGUUGUAUCUUGGUGAUGUAACACGUGUGCAUCUGUAGAAUGUACUGUUAGUUGAAUAAAAACCACAUCUAGUAGAGACUACACUCUG